UUCUGAAGGGAUUACAGUCGCCUCCCGCUCCCAUUGGCUUGGUGCGCCGUGACAGUGGUGCGGUGCGCGUGCGGUGGUUGACAUGCACCGAAUUAUCCAUAACAACCUCCCAACUUAUGUGGCUUUCAUUCCCACUUAGCGCAAACGCUUCAGCCGCCGUGUCGCUCGGGACGCGGACUUUCUUAACUCAGAGCCCGGUAUUUUUUUAACCGGAUCCAUCUUUUCCAUUUUACGCACGAGACGAGCAUGAUCUUUUCGGAGAGGUGACUUACUUUAAAGUGGGAUCAGUGAGCUUUAGUGAAUGUGCCACUUCCUGAAAUGGCAAAGCCUUUAGACCACAUUAAAAGACCAAUGAACGCCUUCAUGGUGUGGUCCAGAGGCCAGAGGAGGAAAAUGGCCCAGGAAAACCCCAAGAUGCACAACUCUGAGAUCAGCAAGAGACUCGGCGCGGAGUGGAAGCUGCUCUCGGAUCCGGAAAAACGUCCGUACAUCGACGAGGCCAAAAGGCUGCGGGCGCAGCACAUGAAGGAGCACCCGGACUAUAAGUACAGACCGCGGCGCAAACCCAAGAGUCUCGUGAAGAGAGAGCGGUUCGUUUUCCCGCUCCCGUCGUUGCUCGGCGAGGCGGCGGGAUUCUCCGUGGAGCCCUUCCUCGUCCCGGGGGACAAAGCCAGGGCGCUGCUCGCUCCCGCCUCCGGCUCGUCGUCCUUCCCGCUGCUGGAGCCCGUGGCGCAGUUCAGCACCGGAGCUGUCCAGCGGGUGGCGGAGGUUCCCGCCACGCUGCCCUACGGCGCGCACGCGCUCGGGUAUCAGACUGGGGCCAUGGGGGGUCUGACCCACGCCCACCCGUCGGCGUCCGGCCCCGGGUACGUGGUGCCAUGUAACUGUAGCGCCUGGUCUGCGGCCAGUGUGCAGCCUCCGGUCGCUUAUAUCCUCUUCCCGGGCGGGAUGACGAAGAGCGGCUUGGAUUCGUUUACUUCGCCAGCCUCCAGCGUGUGACGGGAAAAGUUUUGCGCGCGCAACCUCCUCUUCCAUCAGCAACCGGUGAUUUCAUCUUACAAGCACAUCUUCACAGCAAGACUGGCUUUUAUUUUAUAUUUCACCGCCACAGAGAUCUCUGCUACAGAACGAGAAGACAGACCAUAUAUAUUUUCACCAUAUUUGUUUACUUUUUAGAAAGAAAAUUGAGGCAUAACAAUCUGAAUUGCACAUUUACCAAGCGUGCAAAACUAACACAAAACUGAAUAAACUGAUUAAAAACCAACACAUCCUAUUGUGACUAAAUAUUUUUAUGGGACUAUAAUAAAUCACACAAAGGCCAAAAAAAUUGCAAAAUUGUCAAAAUUAAUUUCAUAUACAGUGAAAUAUGAGUUUGUGUUUUAGAUUCUUGAAUUUGGGCAACAGUAGUUAUUUGGCCUUUAUGUCCCAGAGUGUAGGCCACUUUAAUUUGAAAUGAAAGUAAUGCAUAUUUAAUAGAACGUCUCAAAAUUUCAAGUCAAAUAAAUUGAUAAAAACAUUUCAUAAGCAGCAACAUUACUAUGUCAGUCUGAAUAACAUCAUUGUGAAACUGUUUUAUUUUUGCAGUUUGUAUUGGGAAUCUGUCCUUUUGUUUAUUCUCUUUUAUGUCAGACAUCAGCGCAUUAUUACUUUUACUGUUAAUAAUAAAUGAAUCUGGGUUUUUACAUCCCUGACUCAGUGUUUGUAUUUAACUUCCUGGUCAAACUGACAUUAACAUGAGGCAAACCAGUAGCUGAUG